AUCCCCUUCUGUCCCACGCCGGAGAUAGUCUGCACCUUGGCUCUUCAGUGCAAACCCGGUCGUAAAUCAUGGCGUCGCUCUCAAAAUUCGUACUCAAAGCUAUCGGCGCCGGCCCCUUAAGCGACCCUCCCAUCCUUCGGCCCGCCCUGGCCACUCCUACCAACAAUGGCCAGGAGUCCGUAGAUGGUGACGCGGUGCGCGUCGACAUUGAUAAUGAGAAACGGUCUAAUGAGAAGCAGUCUAAUGAGAAACAGUCCAUCGACGUCUCUGUCGUGGCCGGCACUACCGUGAUUGAGGCUUCUCAAGCCAUCUGGGGCCGGAAAGGCCGAUGGCUCGUCAUUGCUGGGUUGUGUCUGCUCAUGAUCGUGUACGAGGUCGAUAACACCACCGUCUCUAUCUAUCGAACCUAUGCCGUGUCCGAGUUCCAAGAGUUAUCUAAGAGCGCGAGCGUAGGCAUUGCCAGCACCAUUAUCUUUGCCGUCGCGAAGCCGCCCAUUGCAAAACUGUCCAACGUUAUCGGCCGCGGAGCCACGUACCUGAUCGCCGUCGGCUUCUACAUCCUGUCCUAUGUUCUCAUGGCAUCCGCCCACUCAUUCAAUGUCUUCGCUGCCAGCUCCAUCUUUUACUCGCUCGGCCAGUCCGCUACUAACCUGAUGAGCGAUGUCGUGAUCGCCGAUCUGACCACCGCCCGCUACCGCGCAUUUGGCAUCGCCAUCUCCUUCUCGCCCUUCCUCAUUACCCCCUGGACGGCCGGCUUCAUCGUCGAGAGCGUCGUCUCCCCGGGCGGCAUCGGCUGGCGUUGGGGUAUCGGCAUGUUCGCCAUCCUCAUGCCCUUCUGUGCGAGCUUCAUCAUCGCCACUCUGCUGUACUACCAGGUGCGCGCGCGCCGCCAAGGCCUCACCCCAACCAUCAGGAUCUCUCUGCACGAAUUCUGCUCGCAGAUCGACCUCGGCGGUGUCAUCCUGUUCAGCGGCGGCCUCGCCCUUCUGCUCAUCCCCAUGACCCUCGCCGCCGCCACCCCCUCCAACUGGAAGACGCCAUGGAUCAUCGCGCUCGUCGUGCUCGGCGCCGUGCUCCUCGCCGUGCUCCCAUUCUACGAGCACUACCUCGCAAAGCAUCCCGUCGUGCCCCCCCAUUAUUUCGCCAACCCCACGAUAUCCCUCUGCUGCCUACUCAUCGCGCUAGAUAGUAUGAGCUUCUCGAUAACACAUGGGUUUCUCUAUCUUUGGGCUACCGUGGCGCGAGGGAUGUCCGUCCGCGACGCCACCUUUUUCUCCUACUCCAACGGCGUGAUGCAAUGCUUGACCGCCAUCGUUACCGGCCUAAUUAUUGCCAAGGCGAAGCGCUACAAGUGGGUCUGCAUCGUGGGCGCCACCGUGCGUCUCAUCGGCUACGGCGUAAUGCUCCGCCUACGUGGCUCCGACAACAGCCUGGGCGAGCUCUUUAUUGUGCAGAUCAUACAGGGUCUUGGCAGCGGCAUGGUCGGCCUGACCCUGCUCCUCCCCGCCCAGAUCGUCGUCACCCACGCCGAGAUGCCCCAGGUCACCGCGCUUGUCAUCUGCUUCUCCUUCGUCGGCAGUAGCGUCGGCUCCUGCAUCGCCGGCGGCAUAUAUACCGAAACCAUCGAGCCCCUGCUGAGGCGCUACCUAGGAAACAGCGUGACGGCGGAGACCGUGACCGCGUUGGCAAACUCGAUAACGGGAGUUGUGCCUGACUGGGGUACGCCCGAGCGGACGGCCGUCAAUCUCGCAUUUUCACAGGUCAUGAAAUACAUGGCAUACGCUGCCCUAGGACCUGCGACACUCGCCUUUAUGGCAUCGACAUUUAUGACUGACUUUGAGCUGCCUGAGAGGAACAACCUGGUCGAGUGACAGACGGGGGGCUUCGAAUACGGAUUCAUGUCGAGAGAACAAUUAGCUGUGAAAUUCUACUAACUCUAUAAUCGGAAGC